AUGCUGGGGGCACGGCAGGCUUCCCUGUGCGGCGGCUGGCUGGGCUCCCACACGGCAGAGCCGCUUGGGUCUAGUGACCCGGCCAUGUCGAGUGGGCCCACGUCCACUGUCCAGGCCCGUGGGGUGCCUACCCGGGCCCUGGCAUCCUGCCCUGAGGAAAGCAUGCAGGGCAGCCCUGCCACGGACACCCCGUCCACAGGCCCUGUGCCUGGAUCUGUGGGCUGGCUUCCGGCGGUGGGGGGCUGGGGACCGAUGGCAGUGACUGCGGGGCAGUGCCCAGAGGACCCCUUCUGUCUUGAGGGAUGCGGGGAUGUGUUCCACCACCUCCCCCAGAGCCAGGGGACAGGAGCAGGGGUGCGGGGGUCCCGGUCAUCAACACUUCCUGUGACCACCUCCUGGCCGGGUGGCUGCAGCCCGGCUCCCCGCCAGGGAGUAACUGGACUGGAGACUGUGACAGCCCUCCCAGGGAUGGGGCUCUCGACUCAGUCAGGGCGAAAGUGCGUUUCUGUACAGAACGGCCGGGAGGGCAGCGGGGAAGCACGGAGCUCCCAGAGGGCCUCCCGGGACAUCCACGCCUGCAGGAGAGGCGGGUGGGACCAGGGCCAGCACAGAUGCAGCUGCCUGGACACUGAGGGGCUGGUUCGUCCAUCAGAUGCAAACAUGGCCGACCGAGGGCAGGAGGUGGAGCGGCUGCAGAGAAAGGAAGGCCCCUGGGGUUGA